GGAUCAGUGCUGGUGUGCAGGAGCAGAAACAACCCGGGUCCCUGUGCGGAGCAUGUCCCCGGCCGCAGCAGCGCUCCUCUCCCCGGGCUCUAAUUGGAAGCAGCGCACUGAGCAUUACGCGCGUGUCCGGAGGAUGAUGACCGAGCUCAGACGCAGCUCGGACACUUGGUAGCGGCAGAUGGACGAGCGACGGAAGAGGAGGCUGACGUUCUGCAGCAUAGGACUGAUAUUCCUGCUGAGCGGUGUGGAGUAUGCUGUGAUCCUGCCCACAAUAUGGAGGUACCUGCAGACUCUAGAUGCGGCGCCUUACUUCCUGGGUCUGGCCCUGUCGGCAUUCAGCCUGAGUGGCCUCCUGACGGGGCCGCUGUUCGGCCACUUGUCCGACAGAACACAAGCCACCAAGAAGAUCAUCCUGUUCGCCAACCUCUUUGAGAUAAUCGGUAAUUUCAUGUACUUCAUGGGCUACUCCAAGUGGCUCUUACUGGCAAGCAGAUUGGUAGCAGGCAUCGGCACAGGUGCUGGCUCAUCUAUCUUCGGCGUCCUGACCAGGAGCACGGCUCCAGACGACCGGGCCACAGUGUUUGCUGCUGUGAUGGCGUGUCGACAGGCCGGCCUUCUGAUUGGUCCAGCAUUUAACAUCUUCCUGAGGCUGUGUAAUUUCCAACUGGGACCUUUUGUAGUUAAUAAAUAUACUGCACCUGGGCUGUUCAUGUGCUUGAUGUGGAUCCUCCUCCAGCUGGUGGUGGUCUUCAUGUACUCGGACCUGCCCCCUCUGGAGAGAAAGAAAGUACAGGAAGCUUCCACAGCAAUUAAGAGCGGGGACCAGGAGAGCGAGUCAGGGCUCCUGGAAGACGAGGAGGAGGAAGAGGAAAACGAUGAGGUGAAGCCCUUAAUGACGUCCCAGGAGCUGGUGGGGUCCUACGGCUCAGUGGUGCCUCCCAACCACAGGAGAAACAACAUCCUUGCUGCCUCUAACUCCACACUGAGUCAUGUCUCCCCUCCUCCCUCCCCCCCGCCAUCAGAGACCCGAGAGUCCUCCAGGCCCAUCAAGGAGUUCAGCAUCUCUCGAGAGUUCCUGAGAGAAGAGGUGGUUGUGCUGUUGGCUGCUCAGUUCAUCACCCUCUUCAAUCAGACAGCGCUGGAGACGAUGGUGACUCCACUGACUCAGAAGUACUUUGGCUACGGGGAGCUGGAGAACAGCGUGAUGUACUGUCUGUGUGGCGUGGAGGUGAUCGCUGGCUUCUUCUUCGUGCGCUGGCUGAGCCGGCGGGUUGGGGAGCGGGUGGUCCUGGCCGUGGGUUUGGCCAUCUGCAACAUCUCUGGCGUCUGGUGCCUCAUCUUCCUGGCGACCCCACUAGGGGGUUAUCCUUGGCCGCUGACUGAGUUCAUCAUCGGGGUGUUUCUGCAGGUUCUGGGUUUGCCGUUCGUAGCUGUGGCCCAGGUUUCCCUCUUCUCCAAAAUCACCUGUGAGAAAACACAAGGUUUCUGUCAGGGAGUGCGUCGCUCAGUGGGAGGUCUAGCCACCAUCCUUGGCCCUCUGUGGGCUGGGGGCCUCACCGAGAACAUUUAUAUCAUGUUGGGGGUGAUGAUGGGACUGCUGGUGCUGCUGACGAUUAUGCUGGCGUUCUCCUUCGACCGUAUGGUUGAACCUGCUGCUGAGGAGGAAACUGACGGCCCAGACGGCCGUGCUUAAUCCAACAGGAACAAUCAACAUGGAAGGUAGCUGUUUGCAAAAUGAUAACGGAUGCAGUGCUGAAGGACUUGGUGUCACAUUCGUAAAAAUCUAUAAUGUUUGUUUUUCAUAAAUGUAAAAUAUGAAUUUGUACGAGACGGGUAAAUACCACUAGUAUUAUAUCCCGUCUUCCUGCAUCUUAACUUGUAUUUUCUUGGCACACACCCAACAGCACUUGUCACCACCUUGGACUUUGUGUGUGGAGGCAGAUGAAAGUACUGUUUUAUAUUUAUAUACAUUUAUAUAUUUCCCAUGGAAAUAUAGCGUCACAGUAGCACCACUUGUGCAAGCCUCGGCAGUCCUUUAGGAUUCUGCAGAAUCACAAAUUAUGUUUAACUGUUAAAUUAAUUCACAUGCUAAAUGUUUCUGGAUUUAUUUGAACUGACCUUGUGUUGCAAUAUAUAAUCUUAUAACUUUAUUAAUUUAAUCAUAACUUUAUAUUUUGGAAAAACAGACAUUUGAAAUAAAAUAAGCUGUGUAUUUAAAGUAAGUUUCUUGAGUUUCUGUAAAGAUGACUGGAAAGUGAAAUAUUUAAAGGUCUGACUAGAUUUUUACUUUAACAGAGACUAUAAAAUGAUUUCAACUUUGAUGUAACAUUUCAAUCUACGUCCAUUUCACCUACGUGUGAUAUGUUUAUCUGCUUGAAAACACCUAAAUAUUUACAAAAACUCAGAUUUUCUUUGCAGGUUGUAUUUAUUUAUUUCAUUUUUCAGAGUGAACUAUCAUUGAACCAAUGUGUUUAAUGUGAUUAACACUAACCCAACAUAAUUCAAUUAAUAUACUUUGUACCAGUUUAAUGGUGAUGAAAAGCUUUAAUGCACAACUGGAUGUUACACUUCAUAUCUAUUAGUAAAUUAAAUCUAAAAAUAAAGGGACCUUCUACCAUCUAUAUACAAACCAAAUGCAGAUAUUCAUUCAAACUGAAUUGAAAGUAGCUCUUAAAUGAUAAAGGUUGUUAAAUAAUAAAACAAGUUUUCUGCUUUGAAAAGAGCUGAGCAGUGCAAAUACAAAUUUGUGAUUUAUUUGUUGGCGGUGUAGUACAUAUUGUUAACACUGGUGGGCGCUCUUAGUCUUUGUUUCAAUCUAUUGUAUGUGUUUCCCAUAACUAAUGAAUCCGAUGAGAUGAAUGAAGAUUCUUGUUAUUUAGUUUGCACUUUUACCAAAAACACACUUGGGGGGGGGGGGGGGGAAGAAUCUUUAUCGGCAAUAAAAAUAGCCUUUUAGUUUUUGAAGCGGAAAAAAAUGUCAAUCACUGUAUUUGUACUUUGUUUUGUACACCUUGAUAAUUCUUUUUAGCUUAUAUAUUCACAAAAAUGUGAGUAUUUAUUUCUUUAUUUGUCACAUAUUUCUUCAUUAAGUUUUUUUAUGGCCACCUAACAUAUACAUAACGUUUUCUAUUCCUUGUGUCCUUACAAAAACAAACUUUCAUCAUAUUUCACUGGCUUUUGUGUUUUGUUUUUCUCUGGAAACUGAGCUUGUGUGCACAGUAAUUACAAGAUCUAAGCAAAAAAAUACUAUAUUCAUAACAAUACCUGUAUAUAAUUGUAGUAUAAUAAAAUCAAUAAUAAAAGUUAAACUUUGAUAUCAUUAUGUGGGUGUUUAUUGGCAUCUGACAUGUAUUCAUCAUGACAUGUUCACACUACCUCUUUAAAUUUUUAUAUAUUUUUUUAGUUAAAUAUGUAUCAACUUUUUUAUAAAGGGGUCAAAGAAUAUUUCAUUAAUACUUUAUUGUGAUAAUUGCUGUGUUAAAUAAAAUACUUGAUAUUCA